AUGAUAUUGAUACCUAACUAUCGCCUGCGCCACAUCCCGCGGCCGCGCUCCGUGCGCGCGCGCGGCGGCGGCGUCGGCUUCUUCGUCAAGAAUGGAGUUGAGGCUCGACGCUACGCGCACCCGCCCGAUAUGGAAGUUGAACAGAUGUGGCUCAAGUUAUCAAUGAAUGGUUUAACUCUGUUAAUAGGAACUGCAUACCGACCGCCAUGGUUAAGUAUCGAUACAUUCAUUGACACAAUGACUGAUACUAUUUCUUCGUUUUCUAAAUUUGAUUAUAUUGUGUUAAUGGGAGACUUCAAUAUAAAUUUAUUGAAUAAUGAUAGAAAUGCCUCUAAGCUCAAACUGUUAUUUACUUAUUUUGAUUUAAAACAACAUAUUGACGUACCCACGCAUUUUACUAACAAUAGCAGUGCCUUAAUAGACGUGAUAUGUAGUAAUUGCCUCGUUACUAAAACUCAAGUAAAUUAUAUCCCGACUUUGAGUCACCACGCAUUCUUAUCUUGCGAAUUGAAUAUUAGAAAAUGUAAACCUCUGCCACAAAAAAUAUGUUUUAGACCACUUAAGGACAUUGAUCAGGAAUUAUUUAAUCGAUCGAUUGAAUCUAUUAAGUGGGAAUGCAUAUCCGAGUUAAUGACUGUUAAUGACAUGGUAAAUACCUUUAAUUGUGUAGUCCUAUCCCUACUUGACGCGUAUGCGCCUCAGAAAGUAAUUUUAAUUAGAGAGAGGAGCUAUCCAUGGAUAACUCCCACGAUCAAGGAAAUGAUGCGUUUACGUGACGAGGCACAUAACACGUAUAAAGCGUCUGGACUAGAUAGAGAUAAAUUGUAUUAUCAUGAACUGAAAAAAUGUGUAAAUAAAGCCUUAUUUCAUGAAACGCGUGCGUAUUUUAACCAAAAUAUUAAUCAAAAUGCCAGCAACUCUCGAGCUCUUUGGAACAAUCUUAAGCGCACUGUCAGAAUAACUAAAAAAUCACAAGAAUCAGAAAUACCUUCACAUUUACAUGACCCUGAACGUAUCAAUUUACAUUUUCUGGAAGUUGCAGGUAACGUGGCAGCACCGCAAUCAUAUCUUGCUAAAUUUGAAACCAGUCGCUUUCAUGAUUCGACCUUCAGAUUGGAGCCAGUGGGAGAAGACCUUGUACUUAAAAUAAUCAAGACCUUAAAAUCGUCCGCUCUGGGAGAUGACGGCAACUAAUACUCAUCGAGACAAUUCUAAAAACACCAAACAAAAUUAAGUUGCGUUGUUUUAUCACAGAGUUCCUGUGGCUACCUCCUGUCUCGAUCAUCAGAUCAGCUCGAUGGCAUAAUAUUGCAUUGUCACCUGACUUACAUAUGUAUGCAAAUUUUCAGCUUCAUUGGAAAUCGGGAAGUGGAUCAAAUUUAACUUGCAAGAUUUGAUUACAGACAGACAACGGGACGGGUGAAACUAAAUAAAAGCUUGUAAAAAUCAUCGGCUAUAUACAUGGUGCCAUCAUGAGGGUCAACUUUUACGUCUCUCGAUGGACUGUCCGUGAACGUGUUAAAAAGGUACUUGACCGAUAAAAGGCCCAGUGCCUAAUAAAGCCCACUUUUUAAAUAAUAGAUAAUUUUUACGAAAACCGUUAACUAAAACGGUAAUCAAUGUUUUCUAAGGCAAUCCUACUAUUAGUAUAUCCAUGACUUAAUGAAUGAUGGAAUACAUUUUGUUGCUUUUUUCUUAAAAUGCAGUUUUAGUUUGUUCAGUCUGAUUCUGAACGAUGCCUUAAAUGUCAGGUUGAAGUU